CCUCCAACCAAGCCCAGUCACCAUGAAUGCAAGUGAAUUCCGAAGGAGAGGGAAAGAGAUGGUGGAUUAUGUGGCUGACUACAUGGAAGGCAUCGAGGAACGCCAGGUCUAUCCCGACGUGGAGCCUGGCUACCUUCGCCCCCUGGUCCCCACCACCGCCCCCCAGGAGCCAGACACAUUUGAGGAUAUCAUUAAUGACGUCGAGAAGAUAAUCAUGCCGGGGGUGACCCACUGGCAUAGCCCCUACUUCUUCGCCUACUUUCCCACAGCCAGCUCAUACCCGGCCAUGCUUGCGGACAUGCUGUGCGGGGCCAUCGGCUGCAUCGGCUUCUCUUGGGCUGCAAGCCCGGCGUGCACAGAGCUGGAGACAGUGAUGAUGGACUGGCUUGGGAAGAUGCUGCAGCUGCCAGAGGCGUUUUUGGCUGAGAAAGCUGGAGAAGGCGGUGGAGUGAUCCAGGGAAGUGCCAGUGAAGCCACUCUGGUGGCCUUGCUGGCCGCUCGGACUAAAGUGACCCGACGCCUGCAGGCUGCCUCUCCAGGGCUGACACAAGCCGCCAUCGUGGAGAAGUUGGUGGCCUACUCCUCGGAUCAAGCACACUCUUCGGUGGAAAGAGCCGGAUUAAUUGGGGGAGUGAAAUUGAAAGCGAUCCCUUCAGAUGGCAAGUUUGCCAUGCGUGCUUCUGCCCUGCAGGAGGCCCUGGAGAGAGACAAGGCUGCUGGCUUGAUUCCUUUUUUUGUGGUGGCUACCCUGGGGACCACAUCUUGCUGCUCCUUUGACAAUCUCUUAGAAGUGGGUCCUAUCUGUAUCAAGGAGGACAUGUGGCUGCACGUUGAUGCUGCCUAUGCGGGCAGCGCCUUCAUCUGCCCUGAGUUCCGGCCACUUCUAAAUGGAGUAGAGUUUGCGGAUUCAUUUAACUUUAAUCCUCACAAAUGGCUUUUGGUGAAUUUUGACUGCUCUGCCAUGUGGGUGAAAAAGAGAACAGACCUAACGGGAGCCUUUAAACUGGACCCUGUCUACCUUAAGCACAGCCAUCAGGACUCUGGGCUCAUCACUGACUACAGGCACUGGCAGUUACCGCUGGGUCGUAGAUUCCGUUCUUUGAAGAUGUGGUUUGUUUUUAGGAUGUAUGGAGUCAAGGGACUGCAGGCCUAUAUCCGCAAGCAUGUCCAGCUGGCCCACGAGUUUGAGUCUUUGGUGCAGCAGGAUCCCCGCUUUGAAAUCUGUGCGGAAGUCACUCUGGGGCUGGUCUGUUUUCGGCUAAAGGGUUCCAACAAACUGAACGAAGCUCUUCUGGAAAGAAUAAACAGUGCCAAAAAGAUCCACUUGGUUCCAUGUCACCUCAGAGACAAGUUCGUGCUGCGUUUUGCCAUCUGCUCUCGCAUAGUGGAAUCUGCCCACGUGCAGCUGGCCUGGGAGCACAUCAGAGGGCUGGCAACUGAGCUGCUGAAAGCAGAGAGGGAAUAAAAGGCGGGCCGGC